GUCCCGAUCGCUGGCCUUCCCAGUUCCUUUCCACGAUGCCUAGAGAUUACGACGACCGCGAUGAUGAUCGCAACGGGUGAGAUGCCACCCCACAGACUUUGAGCAGAGAAGCCAAGAGCUCAGAGACUCGUGUCCGUCUCACGUGCGGUCUCCCUGCCUGCCUUUGCCUGUGUGUCUGUCCGUCUCUCUCUUUCUCAGUGAGCGUCUGUCCAAGGAUGUGCAGUUCAUCAACAACGGCGAGGCUGCCUUCCUCAUCGGCAAGCAGGGCCGCACCAAGCGCAAACUCAUGUACGCCAGUGGCUCAGAGAUAGAAAUCCACGACCCAGACAAGGGCGGCGGCGAGAGCAGCAGAGGUCAGCAACGCACACCACAGCAACAAAGGACACAGAUGUCAUUCCAUGCUGGUGUCGUUCAGAUCUGACGUUGGAGAUUCGUGGCAAGCGCGAGGAUCUGGAGCGGGCCAAGAUGUACAUCAAACUUGUCCUCACUCAGCGCCAAGGUGAGUGAGGUGACUGACCUCGAUGGAUGACCACGCGAAUGUUUCGCACAUACGCUCAAUCUGAUCUGGGCUUCGUCUGUCCACCUGUGCAGGUCCGGUGUAUUUGGAUUUUGACGAGAUGGCCGAGCGUGACGACCUGACGCUGCUGGACGUACCGGCCGAGUGUGCGGGCUACGUCACGGGCGCCCGUGGUGUGGUGCUGCGGGCCAUUGAGGACGAGUGGGGCACCAUCAUGCUCUUCGUGCGCAAUAUGGCCGAGAGGGACCUCGACACAGGCAGCAAACCCAGAGAGACACUCGCCAUAUUCGGCAAAGAGUGAGACAGGCACAAAGACACAGACGAUAGACGACGGACGGCACGGUAUGUAUGUAUGUAUGUCGUGUGUGUGUGUACUCAGUAUGCGUGGUCGUCGCGGGAGUGAGUUGCGUGUGAUGAGUGCGGUUGAGGAGAAGGUGGAGGGCUACUACUCGAGCAAGGCCACCGAGUACUUCUCGGACAGAGAGGGGUUCGACACCGGUAGGCAUGCAGAGCUCAUGGCAUCCACAACCACACACGUGUUUAUUACGCUGUGUGUGAGCGUGUGUUUCUGUGUGUGUGUGUGUGUGCAGACACGAUGAAGAUUCACUCGGACGACUACUCGUAUGCGUUGGGGAAGCGCGGCAAUACGAGGCGCAAACUGGCCAAGGCGUCAGGGUGCAUCCUUGAGUACAUUGGGGGUAUCGCAUACAUGGCCGGUACACCACACACACUUGCUUACGCACACAGACGCUCAGCUCACACAGGAGAGGAGAUGUGUGUGUGUGUGUGUGUGUGAUGUGUGUGUAGGUACCAAGAAGGAGCGUCGUCGCGUCAAGGACUAUCUGGGUUGGCUGUGCGAGCAGCGCACCUCUCGGGUGAUCGUCGAUGUCAAAGGACGGUAACUACCACCACACGCAGGCACGACACGAAGACAUAGAGAGACGUAGAGAGAAGGGGCACGCGAGAGCCUCUCCAUCUGUCUGUGUGCGUGUCUGUGUGUAUACCAGUGAUGACGUGACGACGCUCAACGUUCCCCGUGACUGCAUCUCGUACAUCACGGGCCAGAAGGGCCGUUCGCUGCGGGAGGUCGAGGAGAAGACAGACACCUUCUGCUUCAUGGACGGAGACUCGUAAUCAUCCACAAUACCCUCCCUCCCAUCUACCACACAGACAGACACAUGGGAGGCACUUGUGUGUUGGUGUGCAGGACUGACCGCGACACGGAGCGUUUGUUGAUCUUUGGUGUUGAGGAGGAGAAGCGCGACGACGCCCGGCGGAUGAUAGAUGACCGCAUCGACGACAAACUGAGCGGCCGGGCCAACCAGCGGGGAUACGACAGGGGCUAUGACGACCGCGACUAUGGCAGAUACGAUAACAGAGAGUACGCAUGACACACACCACACCCCCAGACAGACAGACAGAAAUGUGUAUGCGUGCAUGUCAUGUCAUGUGUGUUGUCUUGUCCAUCAGCCGUCGCCGCGGUGGUCGCGAUGACGACAGGUCGGUCUGUGGGCUCGGCAGCAGUGACUGACAGAUGCGCACCGCACCCAAGUUGUUAUUCAUAUCGGUGGGCACUGCACUUGUGUGUGUGUGUCAGGUAUCGCUCGCGAUCCCGUUCUCCGCCCCCGUCGCGUUCCAAAUACGAUGACCGAUACCAUGACGAGUGAGCGAGGGCGGAGGGGGCUGCUGCGCACAUACAUGUCCGCUGCCUCUGCCCUCAUCGGUCGGGGGCGUUUAUGGUUUUCGUUGCACAUGUGUUCGUAAAUGAAGAUAGACACACUUACACUUACGUACGCACACAUAUACGUCGGCACGUCACGUGGCUGUGUUCAGUGUCGGUUGUCGGUCAUGGGUGUCGUGCCCUCACCAAAGGCAUCCAUCGUUUUGGGGGCAAGGCCAGCUGCCCGCUGUCUCUGCCCUGUGACGUGACCGCCAUGAGCAAAGCCACUCUACCAUCCCACCCACUACUCUGCUCUGUUAUCUACGCUGCGCCAUCGCCCCUGCCCUCCUUGCCUUGCUCGCUAGUUGAUGGACGCCGUGCUGCCGUACACAAUGCCUCAGUCCGUCGGUCGGUACUGCAUCGACGCACCCCCCCAUGUGCACUGCACACACUGACACUGACAAUGGCAAACACCAGAGGCACGGCGGUAACGGGACGGGAUGGAUCGAUGUGGGCUGGGCACCGGGUGGAUAUGCAAUAGACAGACAGACAGACAGACAUGUGUGUGCCAUUGCGAUAUGUGUGCCUGCGUACGUGCUUGCAAUCUAUCGGGGUGGCUGCUUCAUGCACACGAUCGGCAGCCACAUCCAUCACACCUCUGCGUCUGUGUGUGUGUUGUGUGUGUGUGUGUUUUGAUGCAGUUCCCCCCGCGGCCGCGGCCGGCGCAGCCCCUCGUACGACAGAUACGACGACUACCAGCGCCGCGACCGCGACCACUACCGAUGACCACGCCCACACACAUACAGUCGCACGCAACAGGUCAGCAGCAGCUGUCUUUAUGGAUGCGAGCAACUUCCAGAGACAGUUCUCUUCAUUACUGCUAUGCAGAGAGUUUUGAAGGGUGGCUUGUGUCAGACAACUGCGAGACCGUAGUGGUAGAGAGAGCUGACAGAUUGAGGCCGGAGGAUGGAAAAAGGCAAGACGCAACCACAAGCGUUCAUGCCGAAAGCGUGCGUGAGCUGCAGAGAGUGGCUGGCUGUGUGUUAUGAUCUGAGUGAGUCGUCUGGCUGGUAAUUUGCCCUCUGCAUGCGUGGACCCCCGUGGGCCGAGUGCGUCUGAGCGGAAGUGACUUUGGACUUGAUGCAAAUUCGACUCUUUGCCUUUCUGGCCGCAGAAUAAGCGCAACAAUUC